AUGAGUAAAAAUAAAGAAAAUCUGAGUGAAGUUGAUGCAGCAUAUAAGGAGGAGCUGGAUUCCUUGGUGUUGGAUCUGCUUAAUAGAGAUUUAUGCAGCCCCGAGUCCGAAUCUAUCUUACUUAAGCUCGUUGAUCACGCAACAAACGACUUUGGGAAUAUUUCGACAAUCCCGAAAUCACUCCAGUUCUUAAUUUCACACAAAGUUGCACUAGAUGAAUAUUAUAAACGCUACACACUAAAAAACGGACAAGAUAACUUUCCACUCGUGCUUCUACUUGAAAUUAUUAGUUUCCUGGACGCGAUCAAUCUGAAUGAUUCAGCAAAUAACGGUAAUUCUAGUGAAGAUCAUGGGUCCAGUAAGGUCCCCGAAGCUCCCUCGUUUAAGUUACUUUUAUAUAAACUUGAGGCUAAUUUAAUAGCUCAACGUCUAAACAAUCUUGUUUCAUCAGACUGUCACCCAGAAACAGCUCAAAAUGCGUUAAAAAAUGGUGUAAAUAAUGUUAAUUCUGAGUUAGGAGGCGACACGACUCAGUAUAAACAUAGUAAAACACCAGUCCUAAGCGAUGUAGCAAAGAAGAUGUUAAGUGAAAGAAAGGUUAGUGACUGGGGAAAUGAAUACUUAAUAUCACUUUCAUCUCAAAUAGUCUCAUAUUACUCAACACUCUCAACCAGACAAUUCCUCUCAAAUAACGCAAUCAACGUGAGUAAUCUUAAUAAUAACACUGUCAAUUUCCCCGACAGUGUUAAUUUAGUAAAUAACGCAGAUGGUGUCAAGAAGACAGUGGUUGGAGAGGUAAAUACAGGUUUAGUAAUAUUCGAGAGCUUGAAGUUGAUUGAGGAGAUGACGUCGUACUGGUUAGCGAACGGGUUUGAGUUUGACGCCAUUGAUUUGUUGCUGGAGGUUGACAGGAUCGAAUCGUUGGAGGACAAGUGCUCAGAUGACUACGAUCUGGUGACUAGAGUCUCAAGUUAUUUGGCCGCAGUUUCAGCAUAUGGCGCCACUUUAACUGAAACCUGUAGAAUUUUAACUGUUACUUAUAACAUACUGCUGAGAAAUGGCCGAUAUUUAGAGGCCACAAGAGUUGCACUUAAACUUAACCAAUAUGACAAGGUUAUAGAAGUGCUAAACAAGUGCAAAGAUAUUAAUACACUGAAGCAAAUUGCGCUAUUUCUAGGCUCAAAUCAUUUAUUUAUACCAAGUCUAACAGAUGCCUCAUCAAACACUGGGAUGAACCUGGAUAUUGAUAUUGAUUACACGGUGGUAUACCUAAAUAGUGGAGAGAAUAGGAGUAGUUUAUUCCUGUCACUCUGUAAGGAGCUGGACAUUCUGGACCCUAAACACCCAAAUGACGUAUUCAAAGGGUAUCCUUCAAAGAGUAACUUGAACUUAACGCAGUCAAUUUCUGGAGUCUCGAUCGAUUCAGCACGCGACAACCUUUCCUACACUUUUGUUAAUUCUUUCAUAAAUUGUGCUAGUUCAAAAGACAAGCUUAUUACGACCAGUACUCAAUCAGAUAAGGAUAGUUCAGCCACUAAUGAGCAGGAAAGUUCCAAGGAUAAGAGUGGAGAACCUGAUUUCUGGCUAUUUAAACAUCAAGGAUACGGAUUAUUAUGCGCCUCAGCGAGUUUGGGGUUAAUUCAUCUGUGGAAUUUGGAUGAGGGUUUGUCGGAGAUUGACAAGUACCAGUACAGCACAGACCAGUACAUAAGGUCAGGCUCGUACUUUGCAUUUGGACUUGUUAGCUGCGGAGUGGCGUCGGAACUUGACCCAGUCCAGGGCCUUCUGGUGGAUAAGUUGGACUCGACUAAUUUUCUAGAACGUUUAGGAGCAAUUCUAGGCCUGACGUUCGCUUACUCAGGCACUAACCGCAACGACAUGCUUGAGCUUCUGACGCCACACGUCGUGGACCUGAGCUCAAUUGAGUGUUCACUUUUCAGCAGUUUGGCGCUUUCAGUAAUUUUCGUAGGGACAGGGAACCAAGAAUCCUCAGAGGCCAUUUUGCAGGUGCUAAUUGAGUACAUAUCAUCACACACAGACUCAACUCCUAACCUAAAAUAUGUAAGAAUGUAUUUGUGCUCAUUAGGGUUGUUACAAAUGUGCAGAGGAGAACUUUGCGAGCCCGUUUUGGAUGCCUUGAGUGUUUUGGGAAAGUAUGAAAAGGUCGCAGUAACGCUAGUCGAAUCAUUCGCCUACGCCACUUCCGGUGACGUUCUUAAAGUACAAACUUUAUUGAAAAAUUGUUCAGCAACUUCUACUACUAGUACGAAUGCCAGUAAUACCACUGCUGCUAAUACAGACAGUGAUACUAAUACUAACACUGCCGGUAAUAUAGAUGGUACCGGAAAUAUCAGGGAUACCGAAACUAAUGCCACUGGUACCACUAAUGUUAAUAGUACUAAGGAUACUAAUGCUGGUGACAAUAACACGAACAGUGGCACAAAUACUAAUGGUAAUACGGAUAACACAAAUGCUGAAACAAGUAAUAGUGGUGGCGAAGGUAAUGCGGCGAAGGAGGAUAAUAGUGUCGAUAAUGAGUUGUAUGGAGUGAGCAUAUUGUGUAUAUCAUUAUUGAGCAUGGGAGAGAGUAUAGGCUCGAGUAUGCUGGUGAGGUUAUUGGAACACCCAUUACAGUGCGGAACAGUACAUGAAAGAAGAGCCGUUCCACUUGCAAUUGCGUUAGUGAAUGUUUCAAACCCUGCACCAGCAAUCGUCUCAGCACUCUCAAAACUGUCACACGAUACCGAUAAGGACGUCUCACUGUGCGCCAUUUUGGGGCUUGGACUAGUAGGAGCAGGAACCAAUAAUUCAAGGAUCUCACAACUGCUCCAAAACAUCGCAAAACAUAGCUACAGAGAUUCCACGCUGAUGUACGUCCUAAGAAUCAGCGUGGGACUCUUGUUCAUGGGGAAGGGAACACUCACACUCACUCCACUCCACUCAGACUCCUUUAUACUGAAUAAAACAUCACUGGCAGGUCUAAUAAUCACUCUUUUUUGUGCUUUGGAUCUACGCUCACUGGUGUGUGAGGAGUUCCCAUUUCUGCCCUUCUUCCUCGCGCUUGCAGUCAGACCCAAGUGGCUGAUCACGCUUAACCAGGACCUGGAGGUCGUUCACAUCCCAGUCAGGGUCGGCACUGCAGUUGACACCAUUGGCACAGCUGGAAAGCAGCGUAAAAUCUCUGGCUUCCAAACUCACAAGUCCCCAGUCCUCAUUGGAGUUGGCGAACGUGCAGAACUGGCCACUGAGGAAUUUGAAACCUUCACACCAUUUCUGGAAGACAUUGUUCUCACAACCCAAGUUUCUCAUGAUCACUAA